AUGGCUGUGUCGGCACCGCUCGUGCCGCCGAAGCUGGUGCCGAUCGCGGCGGGGCGCGACCGGUUGGUGCCGACGGUGGCGGGGUGCGACCAACUGGUGUCGACGGUGGCGGGGUGCGACCGACUGGUGCCGAUCGUGGCGCGCGACCGGACGGCCUGCUUUCGAGUUCUGUCGCUGGUGUACGCCAAACUCCUGGUCGUCGUGUGCAUCGCAUUCCUCAUAUCGGAAGUCAUCACCUCCAACGUGCCCCUGUACUACUACGAGGGAUUCUUCGUCUACUUGUACGGCGGGAGUAUCCUGUUUCUGAUCUACAUCUUCACCUACCUCUUGCACGAGAGCGGCUCUGGAGGCGCCGGGGGAGGCGGAGGCUCCGGAUGCUGUGGAACUAGCGCCAGCACCGCUGUGGAAGUGAGCCUUAACCACGGGAGCGGCUCCCCCGAGCACUUCUCGAGAACGGGCCGCCUGCGCAAGACCAAGACGAGCGAUAAUGACCACAGUCACGGCGGCUUCUUCCUGCGGAUCGGCGCCAUCGCGUUCGGCCUGGGCACGAUGGUGUACAAUGGUCUGGAGCUGGGCUCGUUCUUCGAGAUCCCGCGGAGCUCGGACUGCUGGCAGAUGAUGCUGGCCGUCAAUCCCUGCCUGCAGGCCCUCUUCACUUUCAUGCAGAUGUACUUCAUCUUCAUGAAGUCCAGGCUGAACAUUCACAAGUUUAAGGUGGUGGCCCGGUUCGGCCUGAUGCACCUUGUGGCCACCAACAUCUGCGUCUGGGUCCGCACGCUGGUGCGCGAGAGCCUGCGAGUCUUCACCGACUACAGCGAGGCGACGGGCGACGCCAAGACGGAGGACUUCAUGAUACUGGAAAGACACGGGGAGAGCGAGGCGAAAAACAACUGCGGCCGAAUCAACAUCAUGGGCGAGGUGGUGGGCGACGCGUCACCCUACCUUUUCCCCCUGAUCAUCGAGUAUUCGCUGAUCGGCGCCACCGUCAUCUUCGUCAUGUGGAAGAACAUCGGUCGGUGUCCACACUACGUGGACGAGGACGUCAACCGUGACCACGUCAGCGUUUCUUCGAGGAAAGCGCACACCAAGGUGGACUGCAUCGGUGUUUCGAAGGGCCUGUUCUGCGGCCUGCUGGCGCUGGUCAUCAUCACUAUCUGCCUGGUGCUGUUCUUCGUACUGGUGCAGCAGGAUCAGCACCGCCGCCUGGCCAUCUUCCUGGCCGACACCAGCCACGCCGGCAUCCUCUUCCUCAUGAUGCUCGCAAGUUUGAUCGGAAUUCUCAGAAGCAGAAGGCUGAAGUUUGCUUAUGACAAGCCUGAUGACCUGGACGCCAUCUUGUUGCGGGUGUCGGCAUUCGGCCUUUUCCUGUACUCGAUGUUCUGCUUGAUCGCCGCCGCUCUGUCGCCCAUGCAAAACGUCCCGAACAUUCUGGUUCUGGUCACCUCGGCACUGGUCAUUCUGCAGGUGAUGAGUCAGCUGAUAUACAUAUCGGAUGUGGCGAAGCGUUCGGUGUAUCUGCCGGAACACGACCGAACCAAGCCCGGACGCCACGUGGUCACCUUCCUGCUGCUCUGCAACCUCGCCCUCUGGCUCGUCUACACGUUCGAGAUCGAAAAAGUGGACGCAAACCCCGUGCAGUUGAACUUUUACGGCCGGCUGCACUGGGCGGUGAUCCUGCGCGUGACGUUGCCGCUGGCCAUCUUCCACCGUUUCCACUCGGCCGUGGUGCUGGCCGAGGUGUGGAAGUCCAGCUACAGGGCACGCGAGGACUGAGCCAUCAGCGGAAACGGCUCCAUGUCCCGACGCCAGCGCUGUCCACGCGGCCGGACCGGUGCCCGACUUUGUGACGCGCCACGACCGGGUC